GUCGGAGAUUUUUUUUUUUUUUUUCAUUGUUAUUUUGAAUUGAGGUUGUGAACAAACUCUUGCUUUUAUUAGUAAAAAUAAAUUUCUUAUAAUGAAGACUUUUUUGUUGUGUUUAAUUGCCGUCGCAAGUUUCGUUUCACAAAGUUCCGCUGUGCCGCUGCCGGAUGGAGAAGUGAUGGUCGGAGACUUCUACAACUCAAGCUCGCCUUCGGUCGACAAUAAAUUGGAAGAAAAUUCUACAGAAACUUUUGAAAAUGUUCCUUUUGACGCAAUUUAUUUCGUAAUAAACGAAGCAAACAACGGAUCAAACUUCACUGACGUCACCUUCAAUGACACAGAAGUUGAAGAAUUUAUUUCUUCAGUAACGAAUGCCGUCAAAUUUCCAGUUUUCCCAGUAACUUCAAUCGCUAACGAUUUAGAAGGCAAUGAAACUUUAAUUGACUCUUUAAAACUCGACUUUUUCGAAAAGUUAGUCAAUUCUACAAAAUUACCGACUUUCGUCACAACUUUGAAUGUCACCGACUUAAUGAGCAACAAAACUGUGUUAAAUGAUUCAAAAAUUGUCGACUUGCUUGACAAUUUUUUUAAUGUUACAACCUUGCCGAUGUCCUUUGCUAAUUUGACCGUCAACGAAUCAGAAAGCAACGAAACUGACUUCAACAGUUUAGAAAUUGAAAAUAUGGUUAUGGAAGCAAUGAAUGCUACAAAUUUAACGACUUUGUUGUUCAAUUUGAUCGUCGACGAAUCAGACAACAAUGAAACUGAGUUUAACAGUUCAGAAAUUGAUGAUCUGGUCAAUAAUAUGAUAAAUUCUUUGAACUUGCCGACAUUGCUCGCUAAUUUAACAGAAGAUGCGUCAAAAGUCAAUGAAACUAGUUUUGAGUUUCACUAGUCUAAGUACUUAAUA